UGGCCAUCUGUCGAAGCGAUCGGCCAUAGACAUUAACGUCGGUCGGAUUAGAAAAUGUCGGGGAAGUAUUAUUUUGUUAUUGUUGGGCAUUAUGACAAUCCUGUUUUUGAAAUGGAAUUUUCUCCGCCUAGCAGAUCGGAGGGAAAGAAAGAUGAUCAUCGACAUCUUAGCCAAUUUAUAGCCCAUGCAGCUCUGGAUUUAGUGGAUGAGCACCUUUUGACAACAAACAAUAUGUAUCUGAAAGUUGUAGAUAAAUUCAAUGAAUGGUUUGUUUCUGCAUUUGUCACUGCAA